CCCAACACUUCCUCACCAUGUCGACGAAGAGGAAGCGUGGCGAUGAGCCCACCAACCGCACCGAUCUGGUCCAAAAGCCAGUGCCGGGCACCAAGUCGUUCCCAACUGGGGUUGCGGUCCGCAAUGGCCUCGCGACCGGCACCAGGCAAGCACUGGUAUCGUUCCACCAGCAGAUCUUGACGUCAAACUCGGCCCUUCCUCUCCCCAUCACGCACGCUACCGUCCUCAUCAUUCAGCACUACCUCGACGCGUCGCCGACAGCUGACGAGAUUUUCAACGCAUGGAAGAGCGCCGAGGAGACCAAGAAUGAGAAGCUCGCCGAGACCGCUGCGCUACUCCUCGCCCUUAUCCUCCGUAUCAUCACACCUCUCCCCUUCUUCCGCACCCAGGCCGUUGGCAUCGUCAACAAGCUCUUGGCACCUGCCGAGCAGUACGAUGAACAGGUGGGUGGCAUGAUGGAGCCGUCACCCUUGCUAACGACUCAGCUCGGGCGCCUCCUUCAGUCAGGCAAGCGCGAGAACAUCCUCGCGGGCCUCAGCCUCGCUGCGGCAGCUGUCCAUGUUGACGCGCCCGACCCGGCCAACCUCAUGGGUGGCACUGCGCGCGGACGCCUUGCGACCCGCGUCUGGGCCAGCAUCACCGAGGGUGGCUCUGUCAAGGGUAUCGGCAAGAUGCUCGGCAUGAGGCGGCGUACGAAGGAAGGCGCGGUCGAGUAUGGUGACAAGGACCCACUGGACCGCCCAGAUAUCCGCCACCUCGCCAUUGAUCUCAUCCUCCCUCUCCUCCCGAUUGCCCCCUUCCACACCUUCGCCAAGGGUAUCCUUCCCCACCUCUACUCUGGCCUCGCGCAGGAUCCCCCGACGACCGUCUACCGUGUACUGUCUGCCAUGUGGGCGUCCAUAUCAGGCCCUCCACCGGGCAUUGCCCGCCGCAUCUCAUUGACCUUGCUCGACGAGGCCGCGAUCCUCAACAUCUCCCAGCUUCUGGAGCGCGGUGCUGUUGACCCCGUCUCGGGCCGCUCGGUCGGUGAGAUCGCCGAGGGCUUCCUUCAGGGAGUGACGACCGACCCGUCCCGUGGCAUUUGCUUCGCCGACGAGGGUUGGUACCCACGACAGGAGGUCGAGGACGAUGGCAACAGUCGUGAGAAUGCGGAUGUCCGUAGGCGCAAGGGCCUGCACAACCGCAUCCUCUCCAACGUGGUCAAGCGCCUGGGCAACCGCACCGUCGACGACGAGGGCCGUGUGGGCGGCUGGGUGAUCAAGAUGUUCGAGGCUAUGCCCGAACUCGUGGCAGACUACUGGCCCCACUCUGCUCUGUCGCUUGAACCCCGCCUGGACACCAAGUGGAUCGCCACUAUGGCGUACGUUGGCCGCGUUGUAUCCCUUCCCCUUCCUGCCCGCGAGAAGUUCAACCAGCCGGCGCCGCGCGGAAUCGACGGCCUGUCAAUGCCACCUCGCGCGGAACCGCCAGCCGUGUCGGUUAUUGUCGAGUCGGUCCUUCCAUCGCCCCUGACCAAGGUGCACCUCACCAAGGGUCUCCAAAACGCCAGCCCCCUUGUGCAGCACGUCACAUCACUGGCGCUUGCCCGCGGCCUCCAGAAGCUGGCAGCUGUGCAGGCUCUGUUCGCUUCGAUUGCGGUUGAGCUCGACGAAGGCGUCGACGGCCCUUGGGUGGCUCGCGCCCGCGAGCUUGAACUCGAGUGCCGCCGCCGUGUGCCCGAAGUUAGCGUGAUUGUCGCCUUUGCCCAGAAGUCUUCGACCAUGGCUCGUCCCCAAAACGAAGACGACGAGGUGGAGCCUUCAGUGGCUGCUCGCUCUGCCAUGCUCACGGAAACGGCACUACGACUCUUUGGCCUUUACUACAAGACCCUUCCUUCGUUGACGGGCGAGGCCAAGUUUGACGUCGGAAAGCUCCUCGUCUCCUCAUCUAGCGCCGGUGCCGAGCGCCGCGCUCGCCGAGAAGCACGUGAAGGCUCGGUUAUCAGUGACUCUGGCUCGGUGGGAUCGAUCGGUACCCUUGGAACCGUCGGCAUGGGCGGUGGCUUCGGUCAUUCUCGAGGAGACGUCGAGGGCUUUGAGGCUCUCUCCCAGCUGCACGUGCUGCGACUGCUCAGUGAAGUUCGCGACUGGUCAUGGACGAACAAGGCCGCAGGAUCGCAGUACACCUACCUGUACCACAUUCUUCAGCUCCACCUCAGCACUCGUAACAGCGUCACCAACGCCAUGACGACUACUCUGCUCCAUCGCCUUCUCGCGUCAUCGCUGCUGUUUGAACACGACAGCGUGGAGCUCCAGAUCUGGCUCAACGCGCUGCCGCGCAUCUCGGACACCGUCUCUGGCCCGAUGUUCAUCGCGCAGCAGAUUUACCUGCUGUCGUUCCUCGAUGACUGUGUUCGCCGCGUCACCAAGGCGCCGCACAAGUACAUCGAAGAGGCGGCGGCCGUGGUACCGGACCUUAGCGGCCGGGAAGUUGCCUCACCACUCCUUCUCACCAUGUGCGAGCAGCUCCACGCCAAGCUCAUGGGAUUGCACAUUGCCACCGAGGCAGCAGCUGUGGUCAUAAACUACCUUCGCCGUGUCGUGAUCGGCCUCCUUGGCAAGCAGGGAAGCAAGGACUUCGUCGCCGCGAUCGUUGACCGUAUCGGUGCCACUGUCCAGGCCGCCAAGGACGCCGGACAGCCACGUCACGGUUUGUCUGAGAUUGUUGGGCUCAUGACUUCAGACCUCGACGUCAUUUUUGAGGCCAAGGCUAUCUCCCCCGUGGACCCAGAGACUCCCAAGCUGGUCGACGAGGCGGACUAUAUCGAGCGGUCGUUUGAGCGCCAGUGUGUGACGUCCUUCGCCUCGGGUGCGGUGCCCCAGCUGGCGGCGCUCGCGCGCUUCGUCAACACGGCCGCGGAGGGUACGGGCGCGCUUCAAAGCCAGUUCCUCUCACAUUUCUUUGCCGCUUCUCAACCUACCGACCACCAGAUUGCUAUUCUGCGUCUGCUUGCCGCGUCUGUGGCUCGCGUCCGCGGCUCCACGUCGGCAGUUUCGCAGCGACUGAAGAGCGCUGUGUUCAACAACACGGAUGUUCGCGACCUUUUCCUGAGUGACGCCGGUAACGAGCUGCGCGAGCACAUCUUGGCCCUUUCGAAGGCGCUGAACCCUGCGGCUUCGUUCGACCGGGCUCUGGCAGAGCACUUUGCGCUCGAAUCUGUCGGCCUACUCGAAGCCAAAAAGGUGGCGGAUGAGCUGGCCCUCUCUGUCCUACUGCCUUGGGUCCCCUUCCUCUCCCCCUCGCAGGUGAGCCAGGCUCUGCAGGCCGUCAUCCGCCGGGCCACCGGUGGCUCGUCGAAGAAGAAGAGAAAGUCGGGUGUGGCAGAAACCAGCAACGCGACUCUCGUAUCAUCUGUUCUUGGCGAGCUGGUCGAAGCUGCCACUCCCGAGGUUGUCUACCCAUGCCUUGCCGACCUCCUCGCACUGGGUGCCUUCAAGCCAGUGUUCACUCUGUUGAAGGCAACCGUCGCUUCGUCCCUCAGCCGCCGUCUCAACGUUGAGAUCAGCUCCUCGAUUGUGACAGACCUGGCUUCAAAGGAGGACAGCGACGCGUACAACCUGCUGUCGGUUCUCGUCAGCCUGUCUCCUUCAGCCGCCGACGCUUUCGAGGCCGCUCUGGGUGAGCACAAGACCUGGUUGACGGACGCUCGCAUCCUUCCAACAGUCGCGGCACUCGACGACAUCCCCGCAUCGCUGGCCGGCGAUGUUAUCGGCGCUGCCGUCACUGCUCUUUCGAACGCCACUCUCGCCGGCACUGAGCACGCUGCGGCGCAAACUCUCCUCUGCAAGCUGUCAUCGUACCCCGAUGAGAUCAACCGCGCGCUGCGAACGAUACUGUUCAGCUCAUUCGACCUCCCCCUGGCUCAGACGGCUGCCGCUCUCGCCGACACGAGGGAUGCCAACCUGAGCUCGGCUAUCACAAUCCUGAUUGACCUUGGCCUCCAGUUCGCCACGCGCCGCCUUUCAUCGGGCGACGAACUGGCUGGUGGAGAGCUUCAGACCAUCGCCGCCCUGACCGAGGCGAUCAAGGCCGGGUCCGCCAUCCGGGUUGAGGUCAACACCAACUUUGCCGAACCGGCCAUCACUGCCAUUGUCAACGAGCGUCUGGACGUCCCCGAGGCGAUGGAAUUUGGCGCGCUUCUCUCGUCGAAGGCGAUGCUCAAGGCGGGCUUCGUUCGUCAGCAGCUCCAAGCUCUGGUCGCCUCCAAGGCUAUCAGCAAGCUUGCCCUCCCGAGUGCCGACAGUGCCCAGAGACUCGGAUUCAUCCGCCUGCUGCAUGCCCUCUUCCUUGCGUCAACCUACGUGUCGUGUCAACCGAACUUCAUCGAGCCCCUAGUGCCUCUCUACCGUGGCACACUGUCUACCGCCGACCGCCUGCUCCUAUCGCUCUUCCAGGCAUUCGAGACACAGCGUAAGCUGAGUGUCACCAGUGUGCUCAAGCACUGGUCGCCUGCUGGUGCGGUGAGCCACCGCGCAUUCGACGCCCUUACGUCGCUUGACGCCGGCCGUGUGUUUGCAUCCUGCACAGCGUUCCCUCUCCGCCGUACUUUUGCCCCCGGAGCCCACAACGCCGACCCAUCGGAUGACAAGGCGACUCCACCCAACGACGACGUUUACGACCCCGUCUUCGUCCUUGCGCUCUUUACUGCCGCUCUGCAAGAGGAGUUGUCUGGCCUGGACUGGGUCGAGAUCCUGCGUUCCAACGUGCUUGGCCUCGCUGUCUGCGCUCUUACCAGCAGGGAUGUCGGCAUGAGGACUGUGGCGGGAUACACUCUGUCCAAGUCGGCCGAGUUGAUCAAGACUGCCCAGUUCCACGAGCAACUCCAGGUCAUUCACACUCUGGAGCUUGUGUCGCACGCCCUUUCAGCGCCGGAGGCCAAGGAUGGAGACGAGCCCAAGCAGCCCCGUCUCCCUCCCCUCAUCGCCCUGUUCAUCGUGCACUCCCUCCGCGCCAUCGCCUUCCCCGGUUCCUUCUUCUACCCCCUGUCCUCGCGCUUCCUCCUGCAGCGCCCCACGCUUGACAUUGCCGACGUUCCUGCACUGUACGGCAUGCUCUACGCCUCCGGUGACGGCGCGAAGCGCGAGCGUGCGUUCAUCGUUCGCCUCUUGAAGGAUGGUGCGCGUACAGAGGCCGACUGGCGAAUCCUCGCACGCCGUAACACGUGGUCGUUGUUGGCGUCGCUCUUCCAGUCGUCCCUCGACGCGCCGUUGCGCAACAACAUCCUGGGCGCCAUGAACUCGAUGGUUCGCAUCCCUGCUGGUGCGAGGUCGCUGCUCUCCUCGUCUCUUGUUUCGUGGCUGCGUACCCAAUGGGACCUGGCAUCCACCCGGCCGGCUUCAGAGCAGGUGCGCAAGACCCUCCUCGAUAUUUUGGAGGACGCGAUUGCCUCGGCGGCACCCAAGGUCGAGGACGCCAGUCGCACUCGCUGGGUCAAGGACGCGGAGCAGUUUGUUGUCGCGGCAUCGGCCAAUGCCAGUGCAGAGCGCCUGCUCAAGCUCUCAGACAUUGCUCUCCGGCUGGCACUCCUGCCGCACUCGGCCUCGGCGUCUGCCACGCUCCCUGCUCUCGUCGAGGGUAUCCCCAUUGAGGGCGAGCUGGCCGGUAGCAUCACCGAGAACCUGUUCCGCAUCUCGCUGCUGCUUCCCCCAGGAGCUGUCGAUGCUGGCGUGAUCCAGGCUGUCAAGGUGCUUGCUCAGCGUAUGGCCAAGCUGGACGGGAGGACUGGACAGUGGGCGCGUGGCGAGGCGCGGAGAUUGUGA